CUUUGCCUUCGGUCAAUACAUCAGUCGAUUUUCUCGACAUCAUUACGAAAACAACUUUCAAUUUUUCCAUCAAGAAUUUGGCGAAUAAUAAACAACAAUGGGCAACGUGUUUGCGGGGGAAAAGGAGGAGUUCAAGACUAAACCCGAAUAUAAUGGUACCCCGCAAUUUGACCCUCUCGAUGGGUUUCCUAAUGGCAGAAAAAAGAGGGUGAUGCUGGCAACGGAAGAAGAGAUGAUCGCUGUAAAACUGCCUUUGUCGGAAAGAGAUUACUGUGCUCAUUUGGCAAUAAAAAUUGAAGAUUGCAGAUAUAGAAAUUAUCCUUGGGUUGCUCGAUGUAAAGCUGACGUACAUGCGUGGAAUGACUGCCAAUACGAAGAUUUUGUUUUGCGGAUGAAAGAGUACGAGCGUGAACGUCGUCUUCUAGAGCGACAGAAGCGAAAGCUUCAAGCAGCUGCAGCUUGAGUGAAAAAGGAGAUUAAUCAAGCAAACAAGCGAAGAGAAAAAAAAUUGUAAUAGAAAUCUGCGAUGAGAAGCUCGUUACAAUAUUUAGCGAUGAAUUGAGAUGAAAGACGCGUGCUUUCUACGUCCCUUGUAUAUAAAAGAAAGCUUCAAUAAAGUGUGGCAAGAAAUAUUUAAA